AUGCCGCAGCAUGUAUGGAGGUCCGAGGACAACCUCAGCUGUCAGUCCUCACUUUCCGCCUCUUUGAGGGUCCGGCUGCUGCUGCUGCUGCUGCUGCUGCUGCUGCACCCUGUGGCUUAUGCUCAACUGCAGCCUCACCAGCUCCUCCCCCAGUCGUCAUCGAAGCACCCACAGCCUCAGUUUGUGAUCCAGCAGCAGCCGCAGUCACAGUCACAGCCACUACGGCCUGCACCCCAAGUCCAGUCCCAACCUCAGCUUGCCUCAGUCUCCCCAAGCCUGGCCCUACAGUCCAGCCCAGAAGACAAUGCCAUGCCUCUGGGCCCAGUUACACCUGCCCUGCCCCUGCAGUGCCCUACUGCCCAUCUGCACAAGCCCGGAGGCAGUCAGCAAUGCCACCUUCCCACACCAGACCCUGGGCCUCAGAAUGGACAUCCUGAGGGUGUGUCCCGUGCCCCUCAGCGAAGGUUCCAGCACACCUCCGCUGUGAUUUUACAGUUGCAGCCUGCUUCUCCAGUGCCCCAGCAGUGUGCUUCUGGUGACUGGGAGGAAGCGGUGCCAGGGGAGAAGAGUGUGCCUGUGACUCAGCCAGGCCCAUCCCCACACCAGCAAGCCAUCAUCACCGCCAUGCCAGGUGGCCUGCCUGUACCCAAGACUCCCAACAUCCAGCAGUGCCCAGCUCACGAGACAGGGCAGGGCAUUGUUCAUGCACUGACCGACCUCAGCAGCCCCGGCAUGACCUCAGGGAACGGAAACUCUGCCUCCAGCAUCGCCGGCACUGCCCCCCAGAAUGGUGAGAAUAAACCACCACAGGCCAUUGUGAAACCCCAAAUCCUGACGCAUGUUAUCGAAGGGUUUGUGAUCCAGGAGGGGGCGGAGCCUUUCCCGGUGGGACGCUCGUCCCUGCUGGUGGGGAAUCUCAAGAAGAAGUAUGCACAGGGGUUCUUGCCUGAGAAGCUUCCACAGCAGGACCACACCACCACCACUGACUCAGAGAUGGAGGAGCCCUACCUGCAAGAAUCCAAAGAGGAAGGUACCCCCCUCAAACUCAAGUGUGAGCUCUGUGGACGGGUGGACUUUGCCUACAAGUUCAAGCGUUCCAAGCGCUUCUGUUCCAUGGCCUGUGCAAAGAGGUAUAAUGUGGGAUGCACCAAACGAGUGGGACUCUUUCACUCAGACCGGAGCAAGCUGCAGAAGGCAGGGACCACAACUCACAACCGCCGACGGGCCAGCAAGGCUAGUCUGCCCACACUUACUAAGGACACCAAGAAGCAGCCCUCAGGCACUGUACCCCUUUCAGUUACUGCUGCCUUGCAGCUGACACACAGCCAGGAAGACUCCAGCCGGUGCUCAGAUAACUCAAGCUAUGAGGAACCCUUGUCGCCCAUCUCAGCCAGCUCCUCCACCUCCCGACGGCGGCAAGGCCAGAGGGAUCUAGAACUCCCUGACAUGCACAUGCGGGACCUGGUGGGCAUGGGACACCACUUCCUACCAAGUGAGCCCACAAAGUGGAACGUAGAAGAUGUCUAUGAAUUCAUCCGCUCUCUGCCAGGGUGCCAGGAGAUCGCAGAGGAGUUCCGUGCCCAGGAGAUUGACGGACAAGCCCUGCUGCUGCUCAAGGAGGACCACCUGAUGAGUGCCAUGAACAUCAAGCUGGGGCCUGCCCUCAAGAUCUAUGCACGCAUCAGCAUGCUCAAGGACUCCUAGAGUCUCUGCCGCCCGCCCGCCCGCCCGUGCACCACCGGGCAGCCAGGGUUCCAGCCCCAGGUGGGCGCCGCCUCCUGAUGGAGCAGAGCCACACAGACAUUCCUGAGGCGCCCAAGAUAGGGCCAGUUGUAGGAAAGGGGCUCUCCCUAGGGGUGCAGCUGUGAGGAGGUCUGAGUGCCUCUUCAGUGGCUCUCAGGGGCCAUUUCUGUGGGAAGGGGAGAGAGGUAGGUGGUACAGAAGACGGGGCUUUGCGCUUGUAAAUACUUAUAGCACUGGCUUCCUCCAAAGUCCCAAUGUUCUAGCCCCCCUCUAAUCCUUUCUCUGUCCCCCGUUUCCAGGGGGUUUAUGGUCAGGGCUCCCCAACCUGAGUUGGGUUACUUCCAAGGGCAGCCAGCAGGCCUGGACAGAGGUCUUGAAAGCCCUUGCCUUCUCUCCCUUCCCCCUUCUUUCUCCAGGCCUGGUUAACCUUCCGUUGGCAGCUUCUCCCCCUUCAGCCUGUUUCCAUAGCAUCCAGGGGUUCUACCCUUGUACCCUCUGCAGGUGGAGGGAGAGAAGCUGGGCCCAGUGUGGCCAUGCCUGCUGGCACAGACGCCUUAACGCUGUGUGUGUGACUGUGUGACUGGGAGCCUGGAGUGACAGGCGUGAGCUGCCCUCUGGCAUCUCCAGGUGUUUUGUAGCAAACAACCACUCAGUGCUUUGUCCUGGGCUCCACUCAGCCUGAGGCUGGGGGAUGGAAGGAAAGGGCAGACCCCGAGAGUUGGAGAUUAGAGGCCCCCUCCAGAUGGCAGGAGAUUCCUGGGAAGGUCUCCUCACACCAAACUGGCAGUGUGUCCUGCUGGCUGGCAAAAAAACAUAGGAAGUUACAGGGGCUAUAAAAACUAUGUGGCCCAAAGCCUGAGCUUCCCG